AAUCCCCAAAAACCCACUAAACCAAUCCCUCCCCCUCAAAAACUUGCCUACGCCAUCCGCCACCGGUUACUCUCAAAAUCCCGGCAGCUCCUCCGUCACCCCUAGACUCCGCCACUCCGGUCUCCUCCCUUUUUUCCUCGAUGAUUCCGAAGUCCAAACCCAAAGACCAACAAACUACAAGGACUUCAAGUACUUGGUUCCUCUCUCCCACCAACAACAAGAAUGUGCAGCCACAGAUUGUUCUAGUUCCGUAACCUCGUCAGCCACAAUCUCGAGUGGGCGCCACGCGCUGUUGUUAGUGGGAAUAUGGUUCUGUUGGAUUGACUACUCUAGCCCCUUCUGCCUCUUAUUACUUGUUUGUCUUCUCCUAAGUAAACCACGAGGGAAAGCCUCCUAUAUUUGAUUUUUCUAACAUUCCAUUUUUAUUUGCCUAUACACUUCAUAGUUCAUACUAUCUCUCCCUUAUUCUCUCUUCUCUCUUUGUUUUCAUUCUUUAAAACUUGUCCAUCGAAACAUGAUGUGUGAACAGAGCUCUGCCUACAUGGAAAUGGAUCCUAAUCGUCGCUAUGGUCGGUUUCAAGAAGUUCUUGGCAAAGGAGCAAUGAAAACAGUGUACAAGGCUAUUGAUGAGCUUUUGGGGAUGGAAGUGGCAUGGAAUCAGGUGAAGUUUAGCGAAGUGCUUCGCUCACCAGAGGAUUUGCAACGGCUAUAUUCAGAGGUUCACCUCCUCAGCACCCUCAAUCAUGAGUCCAUUAUUCGGUUCUACACCUCGUGGAUCGAUGUUGAUCACAAAACUUUUAACUUCAUUACUGAGAUGUUCACUUCGGGGACAGUAAGAGAGUAUAGAAAGAACUACCCUCGAGUAGAUAUCCGAGCCAUUAAGAAUUGGGCACGCCAGAUACUUCAAGGUCUUGUUUAUUUGCAUGGAAAUGAUCCUCCAGUAAUUCAUAGAGAUCUCAAGUGUGACAACAUCUUUGUCAAUGGACAUCUUGGGCAAGUCAAAAUUGGUGAUUUAGGCCUUGCAGUAAUUCUUCGUGGUUCCCGUAGUGCUCAUAGUGUUAUAGGCACUCCAGAGUUCAUGGCACCAGAGCUGUAUGAGGAAGACUACAACGAGCUAGUUGAUGUCUACUCUUUUGGCAUGUGUGUUUUAGAGAUGCUUACGUCCGAAUAUCCAUAUGGUGAAUGUAUCAACCCUGCACAAAUCUACAAGAAAGUGACAUCGGGGAAGCUUCCAGCAGCAUUCUACCGAAUUCAAGAUUUUGAAGCACAACGAUUUGUUGGAAAAUGCUUAGUAAAUGCUUCCAGGAGAUUAUCGGCAAAAGAAUUAUUGCUUGAUCCAUUUCUUGAGUGCGAUAAAGGCGAACCAUUGCUUUUGGGAAAUCUCAGACAUCCAAAGCCAUUUUUAAAUGCCAAAGAAAUGGAAAAGCUGCAAUUGCAUGAUGAUCCAACAAGGAGUCACAUGACAAUCAAGGGAAAGUUGAAUCCCGAAGAUGAUACCAUCUUUCUUAAAGUUCAGAGUGCUGAUAAGGAUGGUGCCCACAGGAACAUAUUUUUUCCUUUUGACAUAUUAAACGACACACCGAUUGAUGUUGCAACAGAAAUGGUGAAGGAACUGGAGAUCAUUGAUUGGGAGCCAUAUGAGAUUGCGAAGAUGAUUGAAGGGGAAAUAUCUGUUCUGGUACCAGAUUGGAAAACUGAAGCAUAUCAUGCAUUUAAUUAUCAAGAUGAUGAUGACAAUGAUGGUCCUCAUUACCACUUUCAUUCUUGCUCCUCCGACUCUUCGUCUCAGUCACCAUUCUCAGGUUUGAUGAGUUCUCACAGAAUUAUCGGAAUGACAAAUGGGUGUGAUCAGCUCCAAGAUGAUUUCUAUGAUGAGAUCAGUUCUCAAAGUUCUUCUCAAUCAGGAAUGUAUUCCAAUGUACAUUUCAUCUCUGACUAUGAGCAUGAAAACAAUAUGUGGCCUGCAGGAGGAGAUAAUCACUCCAUAUCAAAAUGUCACAAGUCCACAAGAUUUUGUCCUGAAGAAAACCGUUAUGCUAGGAAAUCCUUGGCUAAGUGCAAAGGUCUACUAGCAUCAGGUAUGGUGGAUAACAGGACCAUGGAUAACCGUACUUUGAUGAGGAAUAGGUCACUUGUAGAUGUACGAAGUCAAUUACUGCACCGGUCUUUGGUAGAAGAAGUGAACAGGAGACGUCUGUUUAAGACAGUCGGAUCUGUGGAAAACAUCGGAUUUCAAUCACCUUGUGAGGUUUCCACAAAGCUGUCUAAGCCAUCAUCAGGUUCUUCUCAACUACGUUCCACAAGACCUGAGAAGCAUCGAUGACAUUUGACAAUGCAUAUUUGAUCAAUAGUCUUGUACAAAUGGACCCAAAAGUGGAGAGCUAGCUCGGUCAAGUGUCGAUCACUACCAGAAUCCGGUCAUUUACAUAUUAUAAAGAGCUAUAUGGUUUGAAUCGAUUGUAGUUAUGCUUAGGCCAAAGAAACACAGGACUGUAUAUAUGCGUGGAAUUUAUUUAUUUUUUUUUCAGAAUGAAUAAGUGGCUAUGGUUGUAUACUUCAAUGA